CCGACAAUAUAAUAUAAUCGUCUUCGGCCAUAUCUGGGAGGCUAGAAAUGCUUUUCCCAUCCUAUUCAAUUUUUCUUUCCUACCCCACUCCCAGGAGUCCGAAAAUCAAAACUAAAAGGAGUAUUCUGCUUCUGUGGCGGCAUUGACCAGGGAGUGUUGGUGAUCCGUAGGAAGUAUUACAACACCUAAUAAUGGACUCACACGACAAUGUUAAUCUUUCAUUUUCUAGCAUUAGUGCAGCCUAUGUAUCGAUUUGAUCAAAGUAAUGCUAUUCAUAUUGGUCAACAAAAUAUGCCUGGAUUCUCCUUUCAAAAUAUGAUGAAUACUCCUACCGCUACUCAGAAUUGUGAGACCAUGAAUGGAUCAACUAAGAGGGUAAAACGCAUUCAAGAUCCUAAUGCCCCUUGUGUUGCUAAACUUAAGAAUGACUGGACAUCAAAAGAGGAGAUUGCAUUAACAGAGGCAUGGUUGCAUAUAUCUACGAAUGCUGAUGUGGGAACUAAUCAAAAGAAUCCAGCUAUGUGGAAUCGUAUACUACAAGUCUGGAAGGAGAAAAUCAGACAUGGACAUAAAAAAGCUAUAAAUAAUAACAUCAUACAAUGUCAUUGGUUCCAGAUUCUAGGUGCAGUAUCCAAGUUUGUUGCAAAAUAUGAACAACUAGAAAGAUAUCCAAAAAGUGGUACCAGCUCAGAGGAUUUGGACUGGCGUACAAGCUAAAGGAAACUCUGGU